AUGAACAGUCUAUCUUCCGUGCAGUCCACCUUUUCAGAUGAAUACAACACAUCAUUUCGUGUCCAACACAAACGUUUCUAUCGUUUUUUGAUUCUACACUUCAUGUGGACAGUCGUAGUUCAAAGCGAACUGAGCAGGUCUUGUUCUAGAAAAUGGCCAAACCUCGUAUUUCAGAAGAGACGGUUCACCAAGCCCUGCAGGCCCUCAGUUUUAAGAAGCGCCAUGUUCGUAAGCAUUCACAGGAGACUAUGAAGCUGGCCCUACAGGAGCUGAAGGAGGGGGCAGGGAUACGGGUGACGGCACGCAAGUAUGGGAUUCCAAAGAGCACCCUGAUGGACCGGCGGGAUGGCAGGCAUUCGCUCGAGUCGCACCCCAACCGGGCGCUGCUCCCCGCAGAGGAGGAGGCCCUGGUCAACUACAUCUUCUGGAUGGCGGAACACGGCUUCCCCGUCAGCCAGAAGGUCGCGCUGCUGCUCGCCACCGAGGUGUGUAAGGUGUCGGGGCGGGUGAACCCCUUCGUCAACUUGGAGCAGGGUCUGAGCAAGAUGUGGUGGAAACGUUUCAAGGCCCGUCACCCCAAAAUCGCCUACAGAAGGCCCAGCUACCUGGAGGUGGAGCGCUACCAUGGGGCCACCGGGGAGCGGGUGGACGAGCUAUUCCGGAUCUGCCAGGAGCUGUACGAUAAACAUGGUUUCCACACGGCACCGGAACUGAUCUAUAACUGUGACGAGACGGGCUUUGGUGAGAACAAGGUGUCGCCACAGAAAAAAGUGCUUUGCGUGAAAGGCCAGAAGACCCUGUAUGCCAAGCAGGUGACUUCAAAGGAGCACAUCACCGUGCACUGUUGCGUGAACGCCGCCGGGGAGUCCAUCCCCCCGUUUGUCAUCUUCCAGAAGUGCCUGCCCAGCAACUCCUACUCCCUGGACGGACCCCCCAAUGCACUCUAUGGCUUCUCCGACACGGGCUACAUGGACGCCGAACUCUUCCUCAAGUGGCUGCAGCACUUUGUCAAGCAUGCGCGUAAGGAGCGUCCUGUCGUCCUCUUCAUGGAUCAGCAUGAUGUGCACGUGGGUACGGGGGUGGUGGACUUCUGCCGGGCUAACCAGGUGGAGGUGGUGUGCCUCCCCUCCCACACCACCCACGUGCUCCAGCCGCUUGAUGUGUCGGUGUACGGCCCCCUGAAGACUGCGUUCAAUGAGAUGGCGUCCGUCCUGGGCCUGGUGAGAGGCAACAUGAUCAUCGGUAAGAGGAACUUCACUCCGGUGUUGAGGGCCGCCCUAGAGAAGGCCGUGACGACCCAGAACAUCCAGAGCGGCUUCAGGAAAACGGGCCUGUACCCACUAGACAGGCAGGCUGUGGAUCAGGCUAAGCUCGUCAAAAGAGGCUUCAAGCGCAAACUGUUUGACGGCAACGAUAAUCCCGCACUCCCCACCCCCGGCGAGGGUGCCACCGCCUCCACUAGCGCCUCCGCACACACCACCACUGCUGCCGACGGCACCAAUGUAACCGACACCACUGUGAAUUCCACCCACCAUAAAGCCAAAGAACGCGCAAAAACAAAGGCAAAGCCCCCUGCAAAGCCAAAGGGAAAAGAACCCUCAAAGGGAAAGGGAAAGGGAAAGAACCAGGAAAAGAGAAAGUCAAGGUCAAAGGACCAUGACAAGAGAAAGUCAAGGUCAAAAGAUUCUGCUAAGGGAAAGUCAAGGUCAAAAGAUUCUGCGAAGGGAAAGUCAAGGUCAAAAGAUUCUGCGAAGGGAAAGUCAAGGUCAAAAGAUUCUGCAAAGGCAAAGUCAAGGUCAAAAGUUCCUGCAAAGAGAAAGCGCAAGGCAGAAAGCCCAAGUUCCACCAGUCCCAGCAGCUGCAGUUACAGCAGCAACAGUUGCAACAGUUCCUACAGCAGUUCCACCAGCAGCAGCAGAAGCUCAUCACCGAGGCGUCCUGCCACCUGCACCAUUGCUAUACAGACGCCUUGGGCUCCACCUGACUCCCCCACCACCGUCCCCAACUCUGCCUUCACCUGCUCCACCAACUCUGCCUUCCCCUACGUCGCCACCAACUUCGACUUCCCCACCACCAUCACCACCGGAGCAGCUGCUGGCACCUCCGUAAACCCCACCACUGAUGCUGCAGCAGACAUCACCACCACCACCACUGAUGCAUGCCCGACAUGCCGCCGCCAGCCCAACCCACUGGUCUCCGCCGGCGUGAUCCCGCCCUCUCUGGCCGACAUCCUGCUGCCGCCGCAGUUCGACAAGCCGGCACGGCCGCGCGGCAAGAGGAUCCUGCUCCCCGCCCGCGUCAUCACCAGCGAGGAGCACGCCGCCCUCCUGGAGCAGCAGAAGCAGGAGGAGGUGCGUAAGCAGCAGGACAAGCUGGACAGGGCCAAGGAGCGGGCCGAGGAGCGCGUCAUGCUGAGGGAGAUGCGCCAGGAAAUGAAGAGGCAGGAGAAGCUGAAGGAGAAGGAGGCGCGCCAGCAGCAGCGGGAGGAGCUGGCUAGAGAGCGGGCGGCAGCCAAGCAGGCGGCAUCGGCAGCCAUGAAGGUAGCGAGGGCAGGUGCCCGACGCCAAAAACUCACGGCACAGCUGGAGGAGGAAGAGGAGGAGACCAGGGAGGUGCGACAAGCGUCUGCCUGGGCGGCACAAGAGACCCAGGAGGUGGACAGGGACAUGGACAGAGAAGGCGGGAGUCAGAACGCUGUCCAGGAGGAAUACAUGGACAAUGGCAGUCAGAGUCUGCAAGGUGCUGUCCAUGAUUCCCAGGAGGGGGACAGGGGCAUGGGGUAUAGGGGUCAGAACCGUGCUGUCCAGAGUUCCCAGGAGCGGAGGGGUCAGAACAGUGCUGUCCAGAGUUCCCAGGAGCGGAGGGUUCAGAACAGUGCUGUCCUGUGUGCUAAGUGUGGUGAGGGAGGGUCGGGACUGUUCUUCCAGAGCCCCUGCUGUGACCUCUGGUACCAUGCAAACUGUGUCAACGUUACCAUGGUUACAGAGAUGCAACUGAUGGUGGACGUUGAAGACAUGUGA